AUGGUGAUGACGCAACCAUCAAACGCUUGAGGAACUGAUAUACCUCGACAGGAAAACCAAAGUAAGAUGGCUGCAAUCCGAAAGAAACUAGUAAUAGUUGGAGAUGGUGCAUGUGGCAAGACGUGUCUCCUCAUCGUGUUCAGCAAGGAUCAGUUCCCUGAGGUCUAUGUGCCAACAGUGUUUGAAAACUAUGUGGCAGAUAUUGAAGUGGAUGGUAAACAGGUAGAGUUGGCUCUUUGGGACACAGCAGGUCAGGAGGACUAUGAUCGCCUGCGACCUCUCUCUUAUCCAGACACGGACGUCAUCCUCAUGUGCUUCUCCGUUGAUAGUCCUGAUAGUUUAGAGAACAUCCCUGAGAAGUGGACACCUGAGGUCAAGCACUUUUGUCCCAAUAUCCCCAUUAUUCUGGUGGGAAACAAGAAAGACCUGCGCAAUGAUGAUCUCACACGCCGAGAGUUGGCAAAAAUGAAACAGGAACCUGUGAAGUCAGAGGAAGGGAGGGAAAUGGCAAACCGAAUCUGUGCCUUUGGCUACUUGGAGUGCUCAGCGAAGACCAAGGACGGUGUGAGGGAGGUGUUUGAAAUGGCCACUAGGGCAGCACUGCAGGCCAAGAGACGAGGCAAAAAGAGGAUAUGUCUUCUGCUAUAAAGUACCAGAUCACACAGGCAAGAAAGUAUAAGGGGAACCAAACGUGGCCGAGCAAAGCCGAUCGUUCUGAUAUGACUGUUUUGUUACCAAAAGGAGCCAAUUUCGAAGAGUUGAAAAUAUCAAACAGGCCAAAGGGGUGACAGUCAAUUAAUGUAAAAAGGGAGUAUAUUCAUUCAAGUCCAAUAUUAUAACAAGUACAGUAUAUUUGUUAGACCAGAAUGUAUUCUUUUUCAUUCCUUGCCAGAGAUACAGAUUGUUACUACAUGCAGACUUGCAUUUCUCUUUGAUCAACUUUUUGUAUUAAAUUCUUCUUAAUUAAAUUUUGUACAACAAUUUACCCAAAAAUAAAUGUUUCAAUUUA